AUGAUGUUGAACAAUAGUUUUGUGCCUUUAUCACAGUCAAUUGAUGACGAUGACAACAUACAAUUUGCUAAGACAUUAGAUCUCGUAUCUCGUCAUUUAACAACUUAUAUUGGCUUUUUUCUUAUUGUAUUUGGCAACUUUAAUUCAACACUUGUGAUCCUACUUUUUUUAUGCUACAAAUCAUUUAGACGAAAUACAUGUUCAAAUUAUCUUCUUCUAUGUAGUAUAUGCGAUUUAUUACAAUUAAAUUUUGGAUAUAUUUGUCGUUAUCUAACGGAUAGUUUAUUUCAAUAUGAUUUAACAACAAAGUCAUUAGUCUGGUGUAAAUUUCGAUUCUUUUUAACACAAUCAACAUUAAUUUGUUCAUUUGCAGCACUUUUGAUGGGUAAGAAUGAACAGUUAUUAAAAUAA